GAGGAGGAUGGUGGCAGCGGCCAGGCGUGCCCUCCUGCUGCUGGGCUGCACGGCGAUCCUGCAGGUCACCGCAGGCACCAGGUUCCUGCUCAACUGCCCCGAGGGCUGGUCCUACUACAAGUCCAGCUGCUUCAGGUAUUUCCGCCAGCUCCGCACAUGGGACGAGGCAGAGGCACAGUGCCAGAGCAGCCACUCUGAAGCCCACCUGGUGUGGGUGGAGGAGCCCAAGGAGGCGGCCACCCUGCGCAGGGUCAUCUCCUACUACCAGCGCUCACAGCCCGUCUGGUUGGGCCUCUACCACCAGCAGCAGAGCAAAAGCUGGCGGUGGACCAACGGGGACGAGUAUGAUGACUCCAGCAAGCUUCCAGGGAACGGUGCCCAAGGUGGGGACUGCGCCCUGCUGACCCAAACCAGCGGCUUUUCCGUGUGGUCCAGCGCUGACUGCAAGCGGCGGCACCACUUCAUCUGCAAGUUCACUCCCUCGCAGUGA